ACGCUCUUUUGACAGCUCCUCCCUCUCUUGGCUUUUCUCUGUUACAUCGUAAAAUAUUUUACUUUUUAGUUUAUGAUCUCUCAUCUCUGUAACAAACACGCAAUGUUAUACACUUUGAAGGAAAACCCAGGGAACCCAGAAACGGCCAUUGUUGCUUGCACGACCUGUAAAGCAAGAGAAGACCUUCUCAAAGACAACUCCUCAUUGACUGUUGCUUUUUCUUCACUUUCCGGUGAUUGAGAGUUGCAGAAAGAAAUAUUGGAUCUUGGUUGACUGUUUCAAGCUUCUGUUAGAUUUGGGUAGAUAAAGAUGAUCGGCUUUUAUUUUCUUUGACCUCGAGUUGGAUUGUUUCUUUAGUCUUCCUGGUUAAGGGAAUUGCAGAAAGGUUGAAGAAGAUCUUUUGAAUAUUCUCAAGCUCGUUAGUCUCUGUAAUAAAAUCAGAUUGAUUAUUGUCUUUUCCCUGCUUUGACCAUAAUGACCGAGGAGAAUAUCGAAAUCCCAGCAACUCCAGAAAAAAAUCCUGAAGAUGGUAAUUUAAAGCAAAACUCAACAGGUAAAAUAUGUACUCCAAGCAGUAGUGAAAAUAUUCUCCCCCAUUAUCUCAGAGCUUCUACUGGUUCCUGCCAUGAUUUCUGUAAAUAUGGAAGGAAACAUGCAUUUGAAGCAAAGGGAAAGCAUCCUUUAUGGAGAGGAAUCACAGCAAAACCAACUGAGGACCAAGAUGUGAUUAAAAGUGCAACUCUAGUAGAAAGGAAGAAGAAAUCUGUGAUCCUCAAUCCUUCAUCAGAUCAGAAAACGGAGUUACCCAAUAAACCUAAAAUUAUCAAGCAAAAAGUUUCAACAUCUGCCAAGAGAACAGAUAUCUCUGCAAAUGGAAUUUCAUCACCUACUCAGAAACUGGAUAUCUCAGAUUCAUCACCUGCCAAAAAAAUAGAUGGCCCCAAAAAGGAAGCUUCAUCACCUGCUAAGAAAAUAGAUGUCCCUGAAGAAAAUAUCUCAUCACUUAGCAAGAAAACAGAUAUCUCUGCAAAUGGAGUUUCAUCACCCACCCAGAAACUGGAAAUCUCAGAUUCAUCACCUGCCAAGAAAAUAGAUGGCCCGAAAAAGGAAGCUUCAUCACCUGCUAAGAAAAUAUAUGUCCCUGAAGAAGAAACCUCAUCACUAAGCAAGAAAACAGAUAUCUCUGCAAAUGGAGUUUCAUCACCCAUCCAGAAACUGGAUAUCUCAGCUUCAUCACCUACCAAGAAAAUAGAUGUCCCUGAAGAAGAAACAUCAUCACUUGGCAAGGAAACAGGUAUCUCUGCAAAUGGAGUUUCAUCACCCACCCAGAAACUGGAUAUCUCAGCUUCAUCACCUGCCAAAAAAAUAGAUAGCCCCAAAAAGGAAGCUUCAUCACUUGCUAAGAAAAUAGAUGUCCCUGCAAAAGAAACCUCAUCACUUAACAAGAAAACAGAUCUUCGUGCAAAUGAAGCUUCAUCAUCAGCCAAGAAGAUAUAUGUCUCCGCUAAAGAAGCUUCAUCAUCAGCUAAGAAGAUAUAUGCCUCUGCUAAAGAAGCUUCAUCAUCAGCCAAGAUAUAUAUCUCUGCUAAAGAAGCUUCAUCACCCACCUUAUCUGCAAAGCCUUCAAACGCUGUGAAGCCAAAGCCUGUUGCAGCAAAGCCAUCCUCAUCCACCUUGAAUCUUACAGGGAGUUCGGGGAUUAGAGGAAAAGGUGAUAAGAAGAUGGUGAAGAACACAAGGAACUCCAAUAUAGGUCAGAAAAAGGCGUCAGUGCCUCCUAAAGCUUCUCUUUCCCCUAAACCUUCUUUCAACAGAGUUAUCAGCUUUACAAGAAAAAUUCGGAUCCUGAAAGCAACUUCUUCUUUGAAGAAUCAAAACCAAGGUAGGAAGGCUCAACCCAAGCCAUCCAACAAUGGUAAAGUCAAACAAAAGAUAUUGAAUACCAUUGAGCCAAAACCUGGGAACAACCGCCUGAGGCCAGCUAAAAAUGGAACCGAUACCACUAGACUCUCUCUAUCAUCAUCAUCAUCAUCUGUUUCUUUGUCUGCUUCAUCCUCUCAACCUCUGUCAUCACAGAUGGAGAAAGAAAAUGAGGAGACAGGAGCGAUGAAUUCCACCUCUGAACACAAUGAAACUGAAAAUAAGAAACAAAUAAAGACAGUGGAAUUGGUAUCCAAACGGCCUAGAAGGGGUGCAAUUGUUCAUCCGGAAAACAACCCACCCCAAAAGCUAAAUUUUAGGAGAGGGAAAGUGAUAAACAUUCAAUCCGAGAAUCAUGCUCCAAGGAGACUCAGAUUCAGGCAAGGAAAAGUGUUGGGGGAGAAUCAAAAUGGGAAGGGUGAUGCUGGGAGGAGAAGCUUUAGGAGGAGGAAGGAAGCAACUGAUGGUGACCCAAAUGGUACUAAACCUGAAUCAGAAAAGGUUGUUCUGAGGCACCAAGAUGUGCAGGGAAAGAAAGACACUCGGGGCUUGUUUAAUAAUGUAAUUGAAGAAACCGCAAGUAAGCUUGUUGAGACCAGGAAGAGCAAAGUCAAGGCAUUGGUGGGUGCUUUUGAAACUGUUAUCUCCCUCCAAGAGAGCAAACCUUCUACUGCAGGUACUGCAUGAGUUAUAAAGAUACUUUUCUCUUUAAUCAUACGUUGGUUUUGUAAAGAAUAAUCUGAAAUGACCAAAAUUUUUUAUAAGGAUAGUGGAGUGAAUCCUUACAAUCUUGUGAAGUUGCAAUGGUGUAAAUGGAGAGAGUGAAGUGAGGAAGCCUGGAAGAAAAAGAAAAAGAGUCUUUUUGUGUGAUGAUUUUGACAUAUAAGAUUUGUGUUUGUUGGAGGAUGUGUAGUACUUGUUCUUUUUCAAUCUUCUAUACAAAUAUGAUUGAUUGAUUGA